AUGGCAGACACAGACAGGAGAAAUCAAACUGCCAUCACGUAAUUCAUCCUCCUGGGAUUUGGGGAUCUCCCUGACCUGCAAAUUCUUCUCUUCCUGAUGUUCCUAGUGAUCUACAUCACAGUCGUGACUGGGAACAUCCUCAUCAUUGCACUAGUUGUGGCUGAUCAGCACCUUCACUCCCACAUGUACUUCUUCCUGGGUAACUUGUCCUGCUUGGAGACCUGCUACACCUCCACUCUUCUGCCCAGGAUGCUGGCCAGUCUCCUGACCAGUGGCAAAACCAUCUCAUUUAUUGGCUGCUUGUCACAACUGUAUUUCUUUGAUUCUCUGGCAUGUACAGAAUGCUAUCUCCUAGCAGCAAUGUCUUAUGAUAGGUAUUUAGCGAUAUGUAAACCCCUGCACUAUUCAACUCUUAUGAAUAAUAGGUUUUGCCUCCAAUUGGCUGCUGGCUCAUGGUUAAAUGGUUGUUUGGCUACUGCCAUCUUUAUAUUAUUCAUGUCACCAUUAAUAUUCUGUGCCGUGAAUGAAAUUGACCAUUUCUAUUGUGAAUCCAUCCCAUUGAUAAAACUCUCUUGCAGUGACACGCACCUGAUCAUAUUGCUAGAUUUCAUUCUAGCCUGUGUAUUCACUCUGCCUCCAUUCCUACUAACCCUGACAUCCUAUGUGUGUGUCAUCACCACCAUCCUGAGAAUCCCUUCCACCACCCGGAGACAGAAGGCAUUUUCCACCUGCUCCUCUCACCUCAUUGUGGUGACAAUUUUCUAUGGAACAAUAAUGAUUAUGUACAUGCUGCCCAAACACGAUACACUGAGAGACCUGAACAAAGUGUUCUCUCUUUGCUACACUGUCCUGACUCCCCUGGCAAACCCCCUCAUCUACAGCCUGAGAAACAGAGAGGUCAAGGAAGCAUUGAGCAAAGCAACUCAACCCAUGGCAGACAGAAACUGGAGAAACCAAACGGCUGUCACAGAAUUUAUCCUCCUGGCAUUCGGGGAACUCCCUGACCUGCAAAUUCUUCUCUUCCUGAUGUUCCUAGUGAUCUACAUGGCAACCGUGGCCGGGAACAUGCUCAUCAUUGCACUAGUUAUGGCUGAUCAGCACCUUCACAACCCCAUGUACUUCUUCCUGGGGAAUUUGUCCUGCUUGGAGACCUGCUACACCUCCACCCUCCUGCCCAGGAUGCUGGCAAGUCUCCUGACUGGGGACAAAACCAUCUCAUUCAGGGGCUGCUACUCACAACUGUAUUUCUUUGGUUCUCUGGCAGCUACAGAAUGCUAUCUCCUAGCAGCAAUGUCUUAUGAUCGGUAUUUAGCGAUAUGUAAACCCCUGCACUAUACAACUCUUAUGAAUAACAGAUUUUGCCUCCAGUUGGCUGCUGGCUCAUGGUUAAAUGGCUGUUUGGCCAGUGCAGUCCUUAUAUUAUUCCUAUCACAGUUAACAUUUUGUGGCCCGAAUGAAAUUGACCAUUUCUAUUGUGACCCCAUCCCACUGAUGGAACUCUCCUGCAGUGACACACACCUGAGCAUAUUGGUGGAUUUCAUACUAGCCUGUGUAUUCACCCUGCCUCCAUUCCUACUAACCCUGAUGUCCUAUGUGUUUAUCCUUGCCAGCAUCCUGAGAAUCACUUCCAACACCGGGAGACAAAAGGCCUUUUCCACCUGCUCCUCUCACCUCACUGUGGUGACAAUUUUCUAUGGAACCAUAAUGAUUUUCUACAUGCUACCGAAAGGUGAUACAAUCAGAGAUCUGAAGAAAGUGCUCUCUCUUUGCUUCACAGUCCUAACUCCCCUGGUAAACCCCCUCAUCUACAGCCUGAGAAACAGAGAGGUCAAGGAAGCCUUGAGCAAAGCUGUCAGUAAAUGUGGCUUUCACAAAAACAUGCAGAGACUCUGA